AUGGGUCACAACAAGAGCUUCUCCGUCUCCCAUGAAGACGACGACUUUGAAUUCGACGAGGCCUACUUCAGGACAUUUUAUAAGCCCUUGUCCAACCUACCGACCCCGCCAUUGUCAUCCAGGAAUUCAUCAGCAGGCCCGCCAAGUCCCGUCUUCGCCCACGAUGUAGCUCCUGAGGAUAUCAAUGCCGAGUUCAUUGGCCCUGCAGCUCACUUAGCGCGCAUGCUGCCCCCUAGUGCGUCUUUCAUUGAGCCUUCCGUGGCGGUCCUGCAAGGCAUGCUAGCACGUGCUCGGGUAUCCAUGGACAUCAUUGCUCUUGCAGUAUGCAUUCUUGACUCGCUCAAGUCAAAGUUCUCCCGGCGAUGGCGGGUCUCCUUCCCACUGUCUGCGCCCACAAACAAGCGACACACUCUGUCCGGACCCGUCCAGGCCCAGCACAUUGACUCUGUUCUCCCAGAGGUUAUCGCCCUCGGUGCCCUGAUGAUCGCUACCAAGUUCGUGGAAGACAUGCAGGAGCCCACACGCUACUUUGCGUCCGUCUGGGGUCAGAAUCAGUGGACGUGUGAGCAAAUCAACUUCACCGAGCGCUGCAUCAUGGAGAGCUUGGACUACCGCAUCAUGCCUCUCUGGUCUGAGGACUACAUCAAGCAAGCACGGCACGACAUUGAGAUGGCACGCAGAGAGUUCGUGGACGAGAUCUCCAUGGCUUCAAAGUCUCGCACCGAGCAUAACCAAGGAAGCACCGCACCUGGACGACCCGGCUUGCUUCGAGAGAAUAGCAUCCGGCACGGGAAGUCGAUGAGUGCUGGACAUGCAGUCAGCGGAGCGGGCUUCAGCAUCACGCCUGCCGAGACACCGAAGCUGGAGUCCCCGAGCACCUUCACAGCAACCGCGGUGCACACACCACACCAUGAGAUAUCCUUGGCUGCGGCAUGCAAGGUGGUUCAGUCACCAGGGCAUGCUCCAGCUGGCGACUACUUUAGCGCCAGCCUGCCAGACAACGCCUAG